AUGACCGAUAAAACGUCUAUCUUUGAUCACUUGGGUGACAGGUGGAGGCAGCCCUUGACCAAGGAUGUGCGACCAAUUUCGAGCGUCAUCCUAGAUUUGCAGGUGAUAGAAUAUUUAUUACAGGAUGUCCGCAACUUCCUCGACUCGAAAGCUCGAGAACGGUAUCGCGACAUUCCAUACCGACGAAGCUAUCUGUUCCAUGGGGCUCCGGGAACGGGAAAGACAAGCUUGACCUUGUCCAUCGCAGGGUGUUUUGGUUUGGAUAUCUACACAAUCAAUCUUUCCAGCAUCGACGACAACGGCCUGAGGAACUUGUUCGCCAACCUUCCUGGCCACUGUGUUAUUCUUUUGGAAGAUGUGGAGGUCGUCAAUUCAAGCUCGCCUGAGGGAAUGGCUUCUCUGACCACACUACUUGAUGUUGUCGACGGUGUAGGAGAUGGCCAAGUGUUAAUCAUGACAACCCGUCAUGUCGAACUAGUCGACGGCGCACUUUUGCAAGCCGGUCGUGUGGAUGUGAAAACCGAGUUCCGCCUCGCAGAUAAAGAAACAAUAGCUCGGCUCUUCUGGUUUGCCUUUGGACAGGAAGCAGCCGACCCACUAGCACAUGAGUUUGCUAGCAAGGUACCGGAGCUAGAAUUCAGCCCAGCUGAGAUUCUGUCAUUCUUGAUAGAGAACAGGCGAUCUCCUAAAGAGGCUGUUGAUAACGUAGCGGCAUGGAUGGCGGGUAUCAGGAGUGAAAGGAAGAAGGGUGGAGUUUAA